AUGGCCGGAGAAUUCACAGCACACCUAACCAUGAACUUGGAUGGGUCUCGCCCGGAGAUAUGGCUUUGGUAUCCUGCGGCUGGUAUCGCCACUGGUCUGGGACCCGGCGCCGUGUCCAUUGUACCGAUAUGGGCGGCGAUCGACUGGAGAGGAAUACCCGAAGCAGACGCUUCUGGUGCUGGUCAGAGGCCCGAGGAGAUCUAG